AGGCUGCUCGAGACAUUGCUGUCACAGAUCAUUUAUAAGCCCGGAGAUGUGGUAAUUGGUGGACUGUUCCCUGUCCAUUUACAGGCUCCUGAACCUGAUCUGUCCUUCACACAACGAGCAGCACCAUCACAGUGUCAAGAUUUUGACUUGCGCUCGUACCGUUGGCUCCAAACCAUGAUCUUUGCCGUGGAGGAGAUCAACAGGAGCCCCCAGCUGUUGCCCAACCUCACCCUGGGGUACGCGCUUGCCGACACCUGCCUCGCGGAAGGAACCACGCUGGGCGCGGCGCUGGCACUGGUGACCGGGAGAGACAGCUCUGUGUUGGGCUCCGGGUGCGGCCGCACUCCCGAGGUGCCUGUCAUUGUUGGCGACGCCCGCUCCUCAGCAUCCAUCGUGAUCGCGCGCACACUGGGCGUCUUCAGCAUCCCUAUGGUGAGUUACUUUGCCUCGUGUGCAUGUCUCGGAGACCACAGGAAGUACCCCACCUUCUUCCGUACUGUGCCCAGCGACAUCUUCCAGGCCCGUGCCAUGGCGCGUAUGCUACGGCACUUUGGCUGGACAUGGGUGGGUGUGGUGGCAGGGGACGAUGACUACGGCAAGUCUGGGAUCCAGCAGCUCCUGGAGGAGCUGCAGAGCUCCGAGGUGUGCGUGGCCUAUUCCGAGAUCAUCCCCAAGGUGCAUUCCAAGAGCAGGAUUUCGCGCAUCGUUGAGACCAUCAGACUCUCCACGGCCAAGGUCAUUGUCACGUUCGCCAUCGCUCCAGACAUGAGCGUCCUGCUGAGGGAGGUGGUGAGGCAGAACAUCACUGACAAGCAGUGGGUUGCUACGGAGGCUUGGAUCACCUCCAGCAUUUUGUCUGUCCCACAGAACCUAGCGUCCCUCCGGGGGACCAUUGGCUUUGCUCUGCGCAAGGCCAACAUAAACGGCCUCAGGUCCUUCCUCACCAGACUUCGGCUCGAGGCAGCUCCCUCUGAUCCCUUCCUGGGAGACUUCUGGGAGACCAUGUUUGGUUGCUCUCUGGGGCAUGACCUCCUCUCCUCUCCAUUGCCCAGGCCCCGUUGCACAGGAAAAGAGAACCUGAAUGAUGUUGAGAGUGUUUACUCAGAUGUCUCACAGCUGAGGGCUACCUACAACGUGUACAAGGCAGUAUAUGCCAUUGCGCAUACUAUCCACAAUAUGCAAUCCUGCCGGAUGGGUGAAGGUCCCUUUGAAAGAGGGGCAUGUCCAGAUGUCAAAAACCUCCAACCAUGGCAGAUUGUUCACUACCUCAGCCAAGUAAAUUUCACCACACCUGUGGGGGAGGCCUCACAGUUUGAUGAGAACGGUGAUCCGGCGGCCUCUUAUGACAUUAUCAACUGGAAUGUGGGGGCAAAGGGGACAGUGGAAUUUGUCAAAGUGGGACAGUUCGACUCUGCAGAUGGAUCUGACAGUGAAUUUGACAUCGAUGUGAAGACCAUUGUCUGGGGUGGUGGCCAUGACACGGUGCCUGUAUCUGUCUGCAGCACACCCUGCCCCCCGGGCACAUGGAAGGCCGUGCAGAAAGGGAAGCCCAUCUGCUGUUUUGACUGCCUGCCCUGUGCUGAUGGGGAGAUCAGCAAUACCACUGGGUCAACAGAGUGUCAGAGAUGUCCAGACCGGUUCUGGUCCAAUGCCGCACGGACGAUGUGCAUCCCAAAAGCAGUGGAGUUCCUGUCCUUCCAAGACACCAUGGGGAUCAUCCUAUCCGUGCUCUCGGUCUCUGGGGCGGGACUUACAGCCACUGUCAUCGGCACCUUUUUCUGCCAUCGAGACACACCCAUCGUCAGGGCCAACAAUGCCGAGCUGAGCUUCCUCCUGCUGCUGUCCCUCUCGCUCUGCUUUCUGUGCGCGCUGGCCUUCAUCGGUCGCCCCGCCCCCUGGUCCUGCAUGCUGCGCCACACCCUUUUCGGGAUCAGCUUCGUCUUCUGCAUCUCCUGCGUCCUGAGCAGGACUGUGGUGGUUCUGGUGGCUUUCCGCGCCACGCUUCCCGGCAGCAAUGUCAUGCGGUACUUCGGCCCGCUCCAGCAGAGAUUGGGUAUCUCCCUCUGCACCUUGGUCCAGGUUCUCAUUUGCGUGCUGUGGCUGGUUCUGGCACCGCCGACCCCAUCUGAGACACAGGGGCGGAGUGCCAGCAUCGUCCUCGAGUGCGGCGUGGGCUCAGUGGCCGGCUUCGCGUGCGUCCUGGGCUACAUCGGCCUGCUGGCAGCUGUCUGCUUCCUGCUGGCCUUUUUAGCUCGGAAGCUCCCUGACAACUUCAACGAGGCCAAAUUUAUCACCUUCAGCAUGCUCAUCUUCUGUGCCGUAUGGAUCGCCUUUGUCCCUGCCUAUGUCAGCUCCCCGGGGAAAUACACCGUCGCUGUGGAGGUAUUUGCCAUCCUGGCCUCCAGUUACGGGCUUCUUCUUUGCAUCUUUGCUCCUAAGUGUUACAUCAUCCUUUUGAGACCAGACAAGAACACAAAGAAGAACAUGAUGGCCAAAUAA